AGUAUCUUCCCGGCACUGCACCAGAUAUGGUUGUAUUAUAAAUAUACCGCCGGGGUUGUUUGUUUUAUUUUUACAAAAUAAACAAGCCUGGAAUUCUAUAAAUAACGUAACGCGUACAUUCAACAUAUACCUCUAGUAAUAACUAAUAAGUAACAAGUAAUUAUCACAAUGCGCUACAUAUUCCUAACCACAAUAUUCAGUAUAGUGUUCGCUUACGAAAAGGACAUGACUUUUACGAUACAGGCGGGAAAAAUGGAAUGUUUUUAUCAAAAAGUUGCUGUGGGCGAAGUUAUUGACGUGGAGUAUCAAGUCAUCGAUGCUUCUCACGGAGAGCUGGAUGUGUCUUUCCAGCUGGUGGAUCCUAUGGGACGUGGGAUCGUCACAGAUUAUAAGAAGCCGGACAACUCUCAUAGACACACAUCAACAUUGGAAGGCGAUUACAGAUUCUGUUUCGACAACACCUUCAGCACUUUCAGCGAGAAAACGGUGUUCUUCGAUUUACUGAUAGAAAAUGACGAGCCCCACCUCAACGACUAUGACGAGGAGAAGGAACUGGAACUUGGUAAUUCAGCGGAGUCCUACAUGAUGCGAGUCAAGGACGUGUUGGAGUCGGUGUACAAGGUCCGGGAGCACGUGUCCACCGCAAGGAGGCUGCAGGAACUGCUCUCAGCCCACGAGGCCAGGGACAGGAACCUCGCAGAGGACAUGUGUGACAGAGUCAUGAACUGGUCGCUCGGCCAAAUGAUUCUGAUGCUGAUAGUUGGGAUCACUCAGGUAUACUUCCUCAAGAGCCUGUUCGAGGAUCCCACCAGUCGCGGCUUUAAGAAGAUAAUGCCGGAUUUCAUGUCGCAGAAUUAGUUUAAAAUUUUUAAUCUGUGAACGCACAAAUUAUUUGAUCUUAUAUAUAUAUAUACUUAGCUAUGAGACAAACUUGAUUUUACAGCACAGUUUUAGUACUGAAGGGAUCCUUAAUCUUAUAUUUCAGUGUAAAAACACCUUUAUUAACCUGGAACAACAAUUCUACAUUAAUUCCAAUAUGUCAGCGAAAAUUAUUCUAUUGACCCAUCCAUAUCACGGUUCGCUCGCUGUUGCUUAACAUUAUAUAGGUCUGUUGCCAAAGAUAUUAUUAAGUAGUAAUAAAUUCGUUAAAAUCAUUUUUUUUUUCCUUAACAUGUAAAUAUAGAUUCAACAGGAAUGCCGUUGGAAAAGUAAUAUGAAUUUUCUUUAAAUAAAAGUUUUGCUACUAAUGAAUUAACCUCCUUAGUUAACUCAUAUAACAUUGGCUGUAUAUAUCGUGCAGUGGUGCAAUCUCAAAUUAAUUUCACUAACUUGACUUUUGGCGGGAAUCUAUUAUUUUUUACGUCAACUUUUUAGGUUAGAUCAUAGUGAAUCUCAGUAGGCUUUUGAUGAGUCCACCUUAAAUGUCAAUAAGACUGUUAAGAACAAAGCAAUAAGUUUAAAAUAUGUUUUCUACUACAGGUUAUUGUAAAUAAAUAAACUAUUAUUAAA